CUGUGGUGGUGCUGGGUGGGGGGGAGGAGAAGCCACCCCUUGUCUGUGGGGGCUCUCGGUCUGUUUACUCCUCUCGCGGCGGCUGCGGCAGCGGGAGCUGGACCGUCGGCGCGGAUCGGCCCCUCUCUGCGCCCCCGCCCCCCCCUCAAACUGCUUCGCCAGGGCCAGCCUUCGGCCACGCAGCCGCAGCCCAGCUGAGGGACCCCGGGCAGGGACCGAGCAGAUCCAGGCAAAGUUUUGUGACUCGGCGAGGACGAUGAAGACGGAGAUCUCUACGGCCGCGGGCUUCAUCGCCCGCCUCCUCAAGACGCCCGGCGGCAUCGGCGACGAAGAGCUGCGCUGCUUCAGCGAGUCCCUCCAGGAGGCGCUACGAGACCACUAUAAGCACCACUGGUUCCCCCUGAUGCCCUCCAAAGGCUCAGGGUACCGCUGCAUUCGGAUCAAUCACAAGAUGGACCCCUUGAUAGGAAAAGCAGCAGGCACCAUCGGACUGAGCCACCAGAGACUCUUCCAGCUCCUGCCCAGCGAAUUAACUCUUUGGGUCGACCCCUUCGAGGUGUCCUAUCGCAUAGGGGAAGAUGGGUCGAUCUGUGUCCUCUACGAAGGCCCUCAGCCAGCAGGGAAGAAUGCCAAGACCCUUGAGAGCAGGAGCAGCUGUAAAGAGGAGUGGAGCAUUGGCAGAGCCAGCCCUUCCAAGAACUACAACAUGAUGACAGUUUCCAGUUAAAAAAAAAGAUUAACAUUCCCUGUACAAUGAUGUAUGUAUCCCACUUUGAUAAUGAGGUUAGAUGAUGUAAUUGAUAUGUUGAUUUUCACCCCAUAGUCAUUAAAGUUGUAGUAGUACUGCCAAACUCUUUGUUUCGUGGCCAAGGGCUAAUGUAUAAACAACUUUUUUAUUGUAUGCUGUAAAUGAAAUUGUACAGUCAAGAUGAUUGUUUUACAGAUUUAUAUUUUGGGGAAAAAUCUUUGGCGAUUUGUAAUAAAAAUGGAAUUAACUCUUUUAAACAGUUA